AUGAUGAAGGGUAUAAUCCAUCCCCCUUUAUGGAAUCAGAUGUCCACACAAUCACUGGAGAAAUACUCAGAAGUCGCAUAUUCUUGCUUAAGGGAGGAGCGCACACACCGGCCAGAUAUGAAAAAUAUUGUCAGUGAACUUGAGAAAGCGUUGGAAUUUCAGCUAAGGCGUGAAAAUCUUAGCUUGGAACAUUUGAAGAUUCCUCUUAGUGUUAUACAAUUAGCAACAGAUGAUUUUUCAAAGGAAUGCAUAGUUGGAUCUUGGGAUCACUAUACUCUUUACAAAGCAGAACUUAAGCAUUAUGACAAAGAAAAUCAUUCAUCCAAGAGACAAAACACUGCACUUAUAAAACGUUACCCUUCUGGAAAUGAAAAUUACGGAGAGAAAGAGUUUCUUACAGAAAUCGAAACGCUUAGCAAUGUAAAGCAUCCCAACAUAGUCACUUUACUUGGAUACUGUAUUGAAGCUUUUGAGAGGAUCCUUGUCAUUGACAAUUUUUCUAAUGGAUACCUUUAUCGUUAUUUGCAAAAUCUCAACAACAGACGUAGUUUUACAUGGGAAAAACGUUUGAAUGUAUGCAUCGAUGUUGCACACGCAUUGAGCUAUCUUCACUUUGAGAUGGAAAACCAAAAGAUGAUAAUAAACCGUGAUAUAUGGAGCUUCAACAUUGGGUUGGAUGAGAACCUGGGGGCAAAGAUUGUUGACUUUUGGUGGUCUAUCUUCAUGCUUCCAAAUCAAGAAGACAAAGGCCCCUAUGAAUUCCAAGAGAUUUACAGACCGUCCCACAUAGAUCUUGAAUAUAAGAAGACAGGUAAGGUAAAAAGAGCAUCAGAUGUUUAUAGUUUUGGUGUAGUUUUGUUUGAAAUUCUAUGUGGAAGGGUAGCUAGAGAUCCAAUUUACCUAAAAGAGAGUGAAAAGGGGUUGGCACCUGUUGCAAGGCGAAGCUUCAACACGGGAACACUAGAGGACAUGAUAGAUCCUAUACUUAGGGAAGAAACUGGUGAAAACAAUUUUGUUCUAAAUAGAGGACUCAAUAAGGAAUCUUUGCACACAUUUAUCAAAAUUGCACACCAGUGUGUGGCAGAAACUCAAGACAAAUGCCCAACAAUGAAAGUUGUAGUCAAUGAACUUGAGAAAGCAUUCUUCUUUCACAUAUACCCAAUGUUUACUACCCCUGUUUUCAGUAUUAAGAAUAAAAGAACGGGUCUCACUAAAGAAGAUGAAAUGAAUAAAAGACGAAGGAGGAUGCGAUUGGAACAAGAUGUUGUUCCAACAAUGAAUUACGUUUGCAAGAAGAACCGUGAAAUAGCGAACGGGAUCGAUAAGGAUUCCCAGAAUUUAAAAUACGGACAAGUAAGUGUCCCAAGUUCCAGCCAUGUGAGGGUUGAAGACGGCUAUGGUAUGGGCCAUAGUAUUCACGCAGACGGGGAACCAUUCAACAGUACCAUACGGGGAAAAGAUGAAGUACCAAGCGUGAAUUUCGCAACACGUGCAGAUGACGAAGAAGACAUUCGAUCGAAGAAGGUAAUCAAAGCGAACUUUGCGGGUCUUACAAUAGGGGAUGACAGACUGAUGUUUAAAGACGGUAGAAGGCUAACCAAACAACAGGCCAAAUGA